UUACUAAAUCGUCACCGAAUAUUUUCUUUAUUUUACACAAAUUUUAUUGUCAUCUUUUAACACUCCAAUUUGAUGUUAAUAAAAACCGAGUUCCCAUGUAGUUGUUGAUGUUAAGCAAAAAAACUCUAAGGUCAAGGAUUAAUCUGACUUAAGACAGGGCUUACUGCUUUCCUUAAAAUGGUGUUAACAAAAACAAGAUACAAUUUAUUCUAUAAAAAGGUUGACACUUAAAAAUUUACAUCACUCAUAUAAAGGAUACCGAAUUCAAAUAAUUAUUAAGAUGGGGACAAUGAUUCCCGUUAUUUUAAUUAUGGCCUUUUUUAAUAUAACGGUCAUCGCUCAACAACAGUAUCCACAUUUGUUCACGGUGCAAACCAGAGAACCAGCUCCAAUAUACGAAGCCCAAAAUGAAGGAUUUCUAGGCCAUCAAGUAUUGUUCAAACCUCAUAACAAUAUUCACAAAUCAUAUGCCUCUCCUGCAUAUAAUUUGGCUCAAGCACCAUAUUCGACUCCAGCGGUACACAAUCAAGCAAAAACAGGAAUUACAUAUUCGAUGGCCCCUUUAGUUUCUCAUGUGACAUUCACCAGUCUAGGGUCUACCUAUACAUGGUAAAAUAUAAUCAUUCUUAGCUCUUAUGGUAUGCGCGACUGACAUUAUAAUUAAGUUAAUUUAUUUUAUUUCUUACUUAUGUCUAAUUAUUUCAUAAUAUAUCAUUAACGAGUCAUAUUAUUUUAAU